ACGACGGACGCGACUGCGACGUUGCCGUCCUGCGCAUUCCGUCCGCAGCCGUCGUGGUAAGAGUAACACAAUGUUCUUCAACUACAAGUUAGAUCUCAAAUUAAUAGAACUCGUUAAAGAAAAUCCUGCGUUAUACGAUCCAAACAGUGCCGAAUACAUGGACAGCAAUGCUCGAGAAGUCGCUUGGCAAAAAAUCGGAGACGAACUACAAAAACCUGCCGCAAAGUGUAAAGUGCGAUGGAUCCACAUAAGAGACGUAUUUCGACGCAUACUAAAGAAAACUGUUGGCGACUCGGAACCACAAAAAGUUUACAAGUAUGAAAAGCAACUCGACUUCAUUAGGCCUCUCUUUAAGGAUAUCACAGCACCAAUAAUUGACUAUGAGUCAGACACAGACGCCAAAAAUGAGCAAAUUAACGAUAGUUACGAUGAUGAUUCUCGCAGCGAAAUAGAAGACAUUCCUAAUAAAAAAUUAGAAAAGAAAAAAAUACCUAAGUCGAGUUCUAAAACAAAGAUGAAAAGAUACGAGGAAGAAGAACAAAUGAGUUUGUCUCCGAGUGAAGUAACUACGUCUGCUUAUGACUUUGAUAAGUCAGAUCCUCUGGAUGCAUUUCUGUUGAACGUCGCAGCUACGUUGAAGACGUUUUCGCCAUAUCAUUUGAAUGUUGCCAAGACUGAAAUAUUUAAUGUCGUGCAAGAACAUGAUUUGCAGCAGAUUUUGGAGAAAACACGCUUCGAAGAAUCUAUUCUAGAUACAUCUCAAAAAUAUUUAGAUUACACGCAUUAACUGUUAGAUUUUAGUAAUGCAAAUAGUCUUGCAUUUAAUAUAUUGAUACUUUGUAAAACUUAAAAAUUUUAGUAUAUUCAGUAGCCAUAUUUUAUCAAUAAGUAAAAUGUUAAGUAAUACAUUUGAUAAAGAAACAUUUAUUACAUGGGCAAAAUCAAAUAGAACCUAAUAUACUUUUAUUUCUAACACAUACUUACUGCUUAUGUUUGUCGCACAGUUCAGUCAAACAGUUCUCGCAUGUCUGAGUUAUUUCUAAAUAAUCAACUUUUAACAAUGCUUCGAACUCGAAAGUGAAAAUGGUGCGACUUGACACAUGGUAAGGACAAAUUUAUCUGACGAAUCAUUAGCGGUGAAGGACACGCACUGUUAAAACAUUGAAACUUAACUUAAGAGGAGCCUUUAGUAGAGAUCAAAUAUACUUAACUGUCUUUACUUUUGUC